UAUUCAACGGAAAGCUUAGAUUAUCAGAGUUGACCAGGACUCCAGGAGUAUUCACAUUUAUCUCACACCAUAUGCCAGUUCACAUUAUCUUCUUCUGAAAUUUUGAAAAACUCUGCUAACUGUGCCACCUUUAUCACCAAUAGCCAUAGAAACCAAAAUAUCACAAAAAUGGCCAAAAAAAUAAUCCCAUCUCCCAAAAUCUUAAUUUCCAUUCUCACUUUUCUCUUCUUCAUCUCCCAUGUAAAUUCACAACAAAAUUCAAAUCAAGAAAAUACCAUUUUACUCAAACUAAAACAACACUGGUCUACUUCACCUAAUGUCACAAAAUGGACAUCAUCAUUAGACCAUUGUUCUUGGCCUGGAAUAAUUUGUACACAAAAUUCAGUCACAGGGAUUCAACUUUAUUACGGAAAUAUCACUAAACCAAUCCCAGAAUUCAUUUGUGAUCUUAAAAAUCUCACAUUUCUUGAUUUGAGCUACAACUUCAUCCCUGGACACUUUCCUGAUAUUUACAACUGCUCAAAUCUUGAAUUCCUAGACCUUUCUUAUAACUUCAUGGAUGGCACGCUUCCCAAGGACAUUAACCGUCUUUCAGUUAAUCUUCAGUACCUAAACUUAACUUCCAACAACUUCAAUGGUGAUAUACCUAAAGGAAUUGGUGGAUUAAGUCAACUCAAAGUACUCGAGCUAACGGCGAAUCACUUUGAUGGUUCUUUCCCUGAAGAAAUAGGCAAUUUAUUGAAUCUUGAAUCACUUGUGUUAAGCCAAAAUGGCUUUGCCCCACAAGAAAUACCAUCAAGAUUUACACAGUUGAAGAAAUUGAGGAACUUUUGGAUGACAGAAGCAAAUUUGGUUGGAAGUAUCCCUGAAAAUAUUGGUAACAUGAGAAAUCUUGAAUUUUUAGACUUGUCAAUAAAUGGAUUAACUGGAAAAAUUCCUGGUGGUUUGUUUCAGCUAAAAAAUUUGAGUAUAGUUUAUCUAUACACAAAUAAAUUGAGUGGUACAAUUCCUCAGUCAGUUAAUUCAUUGAAUUUAGAUGUUGUUGAUUUGUGUAACAACAGUUUGACUGGGAAAAUACCACAAGAUUUUGGUAAGUUGACAAAGUUGACUGGAUUGUCAUUGUUUUACAACCAAUUAUCAGGUGAAAUACCAUUGGAAAUAGGGAACUUACCAUCUUUGGUAAAUCUUAAGUUGUUUGGUAACAAGUUAUCUGGUGAAAUUCCACCUGAUUUUGGUCGAUUUUCAAAGCUUGAAGAUUUCCAGGUUUCACAAAACCAACUUGUUGGAAAAUUGCCUGAGGGGAUUUGCAAUAACAAGGCCUUAUCUAAGAUGAUUGCUUUUGGCAACAAACUCACUGGUGAACUGCCAGCUUCACUUGGAAAUUGUUCCACUCUGAUGUCCCUUCGAGUCGAAAAUAACCGAAUUUCUGGUAAACUUCCUGACGGAUUAUGGACAGCAGAAAAACUAUCAACCUUGAUGAUGAAUGAUAACUUGUUCACUGGUCAGCUUCCACAUAGAGUAGCUCCAAAUUUAGCCCUUAUUGAUAUCAGUAACAACAAGUUUUCGGGCGAAUUACCAACUGGAAUGGGUACUUGGAACACUUUAAAUGUGUUUAAAGCCAGUAAUAAUCUCUUAAGUGGUCAAAUUCCUCAAGAAUUAACUGUUCUUCCAGAGUUAACUAAACUCUUUCUUGAUGGUAAUGUACUUUUUGGAAAAUUCCCAUCCAAUAUAUCAUCAUGGAAGUCUCUUGUCACUUUAAGUUGCAGCAGAAAUCAGCUUUCUGGUUCCAUCCCUUCUGCACUUGGCCUUUUACCAAGUCUCAUUGAUUUGGACUUGUCAAUUAAUCAAUUUUCAGGUGAAAUUCCAAGUGAAUUAGGUAACGUAAAGUUAACUUCACUAAACCUGUCAUCUAAUCGCCUGUCCGGUAGAAUCCCAAGUCAGUUAGAGACAGCUUUUGCCACGAGCUUCUUGAAUAAUCCCGGACUUUGUGGAAGCAAUUGCAAGGGAGAAGCUAGGUCAGACAAAUUCCCGGUUAAACUUGUUGCGGCUCUUGCUAGUUUAGCAGCAGUUACUUUCCUCGUGGCGGUUUUAUAUGGUCUGUUCGUGUUGAGAAGUCACAGAAAAAGAAAGCAAGAAUUGGUUUCAACAUGGAAGCAAACAUCAUUCCACAAGUUAGACUUCACAGAAUCAGACAUUUUGUCAAAUCUGACUGAAAACAACAUAAUUGGAAGUGGAGGAUCCGGACAGGUGUACCUCGUGCCUUUAAGCAGAUCAGGAAAUUACGUUGCUGUUAAGAGGAUUUGGAGAAACGAAAGGCUGGAUCACAAGCAUGAGAAAGAGUUUCUUGCAGAAGUUCAGAUACUAGGCACGAUUCGACACUCAAAUAUAGUGAAACUGUUAUGCUGCAUCUUCAGUGAAGAGUCAAAACUUCUUGUUUACGAAUAUAUGGAGAAUAGGAGCUUGGAUAUAUGGCUUCACUCAAAGAAGAGGUUGAACGUUGCCUCGGGUUCUGCACCACAUUUGGUGUUGGAAUGGCCUAAGAGGUUGCAAAUUGCGAUUGGAGCUGCUAGUGGUCUUUGCUACAUGCACCAUGACUGUUCACCGCCUAUUAUUCAUCGCGAUGUGAAGUUGAGCAACGUCCUAUUGGAUACUCAAUUCAAUGCAAAAAUUGCAGAUUUUGGCUUAGCCAGGAUGUUACUCAAGCCUGGAGAUAACACAGUGACAACAGUAGCUGGCUCUUUUGGGUACAUUGCUCCAGAGUAUGCGCGUAAAACUAGAGUGACAGAAAAAGUUGAUGUGUAUAGUUUUGGAGUCAUUCUUUUAGAACUGGUGACUGGAAAAGAAGCCAAUCUUGGAGAUGAAGAUUCAUGUCUUGCAGAUUGGGCAUGGCGCCAAAUUCAAAAAGGACACCCUAUGGCUGAUUUAUUGGACGAGGACAUCAAAGAAACGCGAUAUUUUGAUGAAAUCUGCACAGUGUUUAAGCUUGGAAUCUUUUGCACCAGCACAUUUCCUGCAUCAAGGCCAACAAUGAAGGAAGUUCUGCAAAUCUUGAUCCAAUGUAACAGUACUUCACCUACAUCUGGAGAAAAGAAAAGUGAAACAGAACAUGAUGUUUUACCACUUCUUAAGAACUCUAGGAGUGAGAGGAUUGAAGAAAGUGAUGGUAAUGGUUUUAUAUCACUUAUUUGAUGGCAUUAGAAUAUGAUAAGAGUAAUAAAUAGCAAAGAAUAAGACCAAAGAUAAUGUAUUAGGUAGUGGAUACUAAGAUUGUACAUACUGCAUUAAAUCCAUAGCGUUGCUAUAGAAAUUUUCCCUUCUCAA